AUGAACAACUUGCCUAUUAGUUUUAACAAAUUUGUGGAACCUUCAAAAAAAGUACUGUCUGAAUAUACCCAACCAGUGUCAAGAUUUUUGGAGAAUAAAGCUAAUCUGAAUGCUGAGCAAUUUAAAAAUGAGAAUGAGCAUGGAUGCGUAAUGGAUGAAGCAUCAGAAAACACUUCUCCAAUGACUUCUGCUUCUAACAAAUUGCUUCAAGCUGUUGAUAAGUGUUCAUGUUGUCAAUGCGCAAAACGAUGGCAGCUUGCAAUUUUAGCUAAUCUCGGAUUUCUGAUUGUUUUUGGGAUUCGAUGUAAUUUUGGUGCAGCUAAAACUCACAUGAUAAAUGAUUAUACUGAUUUCUGGGGCAAAUACCAUAAACGUGAAUUUAAUUGGACAUUAACUGAACUUGGUAUCAUGGAAAGUUCAUUUUUUUAUGGAUAUUUGGUGACACAAAUACCUGCUGGAUUUUUGGCUGCGAAAUUGGCACCUAAUAAACUGUUUGGCCUUGCCAUUGGUUUUGCGUCAUUUUUUAAUAUUUUGCUACCUUUUGCAUUUCGUGCUCAUAACGAUACAAUUAUUGCUUUUAUUCAAAUAUUGCAAGGACUUGUGCAGGGUGUAUCAUAUCCAGCAAUGCACGGCGUUUGGCGUUAUUGGGCACCACCAUUAGAACGUUCAAAGUUAGCAACUACAGCAUUCACGGGUUCAUAUGCAGGUGCUGUUAUUGGCUUACCUGCGUCAGCUUGGCUCGUAAGCUACGUGCAUUGGUCUGCACCUUUUUAUGUUUACGGUAUUGCGGGUGUAAUAUGGGCUGUGUUUUGGUUUGCAUUAACUUUUGAAAGUCCAACAUUCCACCCAACAAUAUCCCAAGAAGAAAAAAGAUACAUAAUAAAGGAAAUUGGACCUGUCUCACUUGUUCAUCCAACUCUUAAAUCAGUUCCUUGGAAGGCAAUUCUGCAGUCAAAACCUGUUUAUGCCAUUGUUGUAGCAAAUUUCGCUCGAAGUUGGACUUUUUAUUUGCUACUUCAAAAUCAAUUAACUUACAUGAAUGAAGUACUUGACAUGAAAAUCAACAAUAGUGGACUGAUAGCUGCUUUGCCACAUGCAGUAAUGGGUGCAAUGGUACUUGUUGGUGGUCAAUUAGCUGAUUACUUACGAUCACAUAAAAUUCUUAGUACAACAGCGGUUCGAAAACUUUUUAAUUGUGGCGGUUUUGGCGGUGAGGCAUUAUUCAUGCUAAUUGUUGCUUAUACAAGCAGUGAACGAACUGCUAUACUUGCACUAAUACUUGCAGUUGGUAGUAGUGGCUUUGCAAUUUCAGGUUUCAAUGUAAAUCAUUUGGAUAUAGCGCCACGUUAUGCAGCUAUACUGAUGGGUUUUUCAAAUGGUAUAGGUACUUUAGCUGGACUUACCUGUCCAUUUAUAACAGAAAAAUUAAUCGCACGUGGACCACGCGGUUGGGAGAAAGUAUUUUUACUUGCAAGUUUGAUACAUUUUACUGGUGUUACUUUUUAUGCAGUAUAUGCAUCAGGAGAGUUACAAGAUUGGGCUGAACCAAAAGAUGAAGAAGAGCCUUGUUUUGGCAAAAACAGUUAG